GCAGCGGUUCGUAGCAAGUGCAAGAUAUGCAAUGACUCGGAAAACGAAUGCGACAUGAUCGCGUCAGAGAUUUUACGCAUUUGAAUUGGAAUGUUGGGCAUCAGAUUGAUUAGGGGUAUACAACAGAAGGUCAACCUUUGGUGUCUUUGGCGAGGGAGGCGAAGAGACUGAAUGGCAAGGCGUCGUUCAUGUUGGACUACUUGUGUGAUUCGUGGGAAGGUUCCGACAUACCGGUCGCUGAAGUUAAUCGGAAGAAAACCGCAGCACUCAAGCUCUUGCCCGAAUGGCUGGUCGUCGAAAAAAUCAUCGUUAUUCACCUCGCCUUUCUUCUGGCAGUUGAAAUCGAACUCUUUGGACAUCUCGGGAAUGAAGUCGUGAAGGUCGUAGACGCAGUUUUACCCCUUGCGGAUCAACUAUACGCAUUAGCCGAGUCUUGUGAGGGUCAAGCAGAAGUCAUUACAGCUGCUCAGGAUUUUACGAGGAUGUCUGCGGAAGAUAUGGAUGCUAUGGUGAAGAGGGAGGCGUACGAAUGUUUCGACGAUCAUGAGAUCGGGAAGAGAUUAUGGCCUGCUAUCAUGUUGAGGCUGUGUACGAAGAUGUGUAAUCACGGCGUGAAGGUGGAAGAGGAGAAGAAUAUAUGGAUUGGGCAAGGUGGGUGCACGAAAUAG